GAUAAAACCAUACAGUGUGCGGCCGCCGGUUUUCAAGGAAGGCCUACAGCGCUGAAUUUGUGUGUUGUCAUCCCUGAAAGUUUCAUCUCGUUGGUCAGCAUGUUUGUGCCUUUGCAGCCCUUCAAAGGCCACCAGUGGCAUGAGUACUCGCUUGUGCUGCCUGUCGUGUCUGUCGGCAAUGCCGCUCAGCUGGCAGUUGACCUACUGCUGUCGACACUCGAGACAGAGCUGGUCGGCUACAUCCACUCGACGGCUCUUGUGCCACUUGUUGGCGGGAAUCCGUAUCGUGUUAGCGACCAGAGGCUUGCCACGGCAUGCCAAGUCUACGUGUGCCACCGAAGCAAGCUUCUAGUGGUGCAACAGAGGACACCAGUUUCAGCAAACUGCCGCACUGAGUAUCGCCAGUUUCUGACGGAAUGGAUCAAGCAGGAGAGGUUCCGUCUGGUCAUCAUGCUCUCCAGCUGCCUCUCCCAGUUCACGAACCCCUCCGACCUCCCCAGGUACUCGGUGCACUACUACUGCACUCCGGCAGUCGGCGAGCCCGUGGAGGCCCAACUGAAGGCACUGCGCUGGACGCGACUCGAAAAGCAGGACCCCGUGACCCGAGAACGCAACCCUGACGGAGUGCUGCUCAUGCCCGGCUCGGGCAUCACUCGGUCUCUGCUCGACAAGUGUGUCUCUGACGAGAUCCCCGUUGUCCUUCUGCUUGUGUACUGCUCCGAGGGAGACAACACACCAGAUGCCAUCUUGUUGGCUGACCGAUUGGACGAGUGGCUGCACCUUUGCCAGCCGCCAACCGAUGGUGGAGAGCAGAGCGGACGACGAGGACCGUGGCAGACGCCGAUCUCAUGGAGCUUGCUCUUCGGCAGUGCUCCGCCAACCAGCAUCUACUAGUCUCGUGCGUCGUUUCAAGCCCUGCCUUACCAUUGUUGGUGAUGUGGUUUGCCAGAGAAGGGUUAAUGCUUGCACCACCUGGUUGGUUAUUUCGGGACUCGUCCAUCGUGCAUCUUUACGAGCAUUGACUUUUCAUAGAGUGGCUCUUUUCGGUGAACACUGCUGCAUAUGUAAUGCCACAACAUCAAGGCACAGUGAAAGUGAUGAUGUUCAAAACAAGUUGCAUAUUAAGUAGCAUUCCCCCCACUUGGCUAUAAAGUGGCUCUUUUGAAUGAAUGCUGCUCCAGAUGUAAUGUCUCAUUAUGAGACGUGAUAAUAAAAACAACUAUGUUUAACCCUGUAAUGCGUAAACACAGUUCCACAUCAAAGAAAAUUAGAGCAACUUGUUCACCUUUA